AUGGCGACAGACACCGCUCCUGCUUCGAGUGCUGAGGCCUCGCAAACAGACGAACUCGACUCCACACCCUCCACCCCCACGCUGGCACCCACACACGAAAACUACAUGGCGCACGAUAUCUCGGAGGCCGACGAUGUCAGGGCUUUUGAUCAGCCCGACGCUGACCUGCCGCCCUUACCAACCGAGGAAGACGACAGCAUCAUACAUCAUGUUAUCGAGGAGGAAGACGCGCAUAAUGACGAGAGUGUCUUUGAGGAUCGCGAGAUGAAGCGCCAAUUGAUGGACAUCGAAUCGAGCUUUAUCCCAGAGGCGCCUAUCCAGGUCGAAGCACCUCAAGGACAGUCCGGCGUAGACGAUACCUACUUAUUCGGGGGCUCACCAGGAAAUUCUCAACAAUCAGCUCGACCUCUGCGUGACGACGCAGAUAUGCAGCGAGUAAUGAACAACCUAGAAGAAUUGCUAAAGCCAAAGAAGAAGCCCAAGAAGCUUGAAGUACGCAGUGGAAACACACCGACCAAGUCGCAAUCCAGGAAUACUCUUCAUAGCAACUCUUCAUCCUUUUCUGAGGCUCCCACGCCCGCGGAUGCCUACAAGACACCUGCCGCGAGACGCUUGGACUUUGGGGCCGACGACUCGAUGGAUACGAGCACCGCAACAUCAGAGGUUGGUCCUUCCUCGCCCGCCGCGGAAGCCGCGCAACGAAGUCAAUCGCGCGCUUCAGCAAGCCAGACCACGGAACAAUCGGAGGGGGAGGAAGAGGACAGCUCGCGUCGAGAGGAACAGGCUGCUCCAGGCGCCCAGCAGAAAGAAGUGGACGUGCGACGGCCCACAUCCAGUGCCUCGACAGUAAAAGCUCCCGACUUCUCUCUAGUUGAAGAGGGCUCCUCCCUUACGAAUGAGAACGAAUCCAGCGUAGAUAGCAUAGCUAUGCCUCCACCACCAGUUCCUGCGACCGCGCAAAAGAUCAGUAAGCGACCGAGCUACCUGCAGCAUCGCCAUUCGAGCCAACGAUCAUCCGUGUCUUCAUUCACUAACCGGUCUGAUGCGUCUGGAGAUGGCGGAAGCACAGCGAGUCUUGGUGCAGACUAUGCCUUGCAAACUGGUGGCGCAAUCCCUCGCUCAAGUGGACCACGAGGGAUGAGCCUUGGGCUAUCAAGAUUGCCGAGCUUAGGUAGCAUAGCCUCGUCAAUGUCGGGAUACAGCGAUACCAACCCCUGGGAGAAGGGCCGGAGUAUCAGUACUAACUCUCUCUCUGCUUUUCUCCAGCCGGAUAAUAGUCUGGGUCGUUUAGAUGAGGAAGUCCCUAAUAGCGCAACUCCACCCGAGACACCUCGCGCUCCCAGCGUGCAGCCUGCUGCCCCCACAGACACCGUUAUCGCCAGGCAUGUUCAAGACAUACAGGUACCGGAUUCUAUUGCACGCGAUUUCCGGGCUAAGCACUCGCGGUCGCCAGACAAACGGCACAUAGCCACUCCCUUCACUCGGAGCAAACACAACCUUACACUGAAGGAACAGAACAGCAAGAUUGAUAAGCUCAGCAAAGAAAACUUUGAUCUCAAACUCAAGAUUCAUUUCCUCGACCAAGCGCUUCAGAAUCGAUCUGACGAGGGAGUCAAGGAGAUGAUCUCAAAGAACGUCCAACUGCAAACCGAUCUUGCGACAGAGAAGAAGGAAAGUCAGUCAAUGCGCAAGAAGAUUCGUGAUCUAGAGCGAAGACUCAAGGCUCAGGAGGAAGGUAACACUAGUUCCAGGGAUCUUGGCAGCGGCUCGGAGGACGGGAGAAGUGUUCAGUCGUCUAGGCAAGCUGAGUUAGAAGAGGAAAUCGAGUUUCUACGAGAGCGCCUAGAAUCUACAGAGAUCACUGUGGACCAGUGGCAGCAGGAGGCACUUCAGAAAGAAGCAGACAACCGACGCAUGGCUGAUUACAUCAAGACAAUGCGAGAGAAGAGCUCUGGUGAAGACUCCGCUGGUUUUGACGAGGCCAUCAACAUGUGGAAAGAGGAUUUCGAGGAGGAACGCGCAAGGCGUGAGCAAGUCGAGAGUCGCUGUCAGCAAGCAGAGACUGAAAGCGAAAGACUUCGAGAAGAGGUCGAACGCUUGAAAGAGCAGAACCAACAGAUGCAUCACUCGACGACGAACCAUCACUUCAACAAAACUUUGAACAACUCACGGCGCAUCCAGCAAUCUUUUGCUGCUCGUUCAAACUCUGGCUCUGAUGGCAACGAGAAUACUGCGCCAAUCUCUCUUGGCGGCACAAGCAGCACCUUGGUGGAACACCUACAGAGCGACAAUGAGAAAUUGCAACGAGACCUUCACGCACAAGCCUCUAUGCUCACAUCAAGGAAUCGAGAAAAUCUCCGUCUUAGGGAAGAGAACGAAGGCUUGAAACUCACAAUUCGAAGAGGAGAUGCAGGAUCGACGGCCGGCGAUAGUAUUCUGGAGCGCUCCAUCUCCCGCAACCACAUGAGGUCUGUUUCAAGAGCAAGCGGCGGGACGCGUUUGACCCAGCAAAGCGAUCCUGAUCGAGAGGACUUCGAAAGCAAACAUGCUGCUCUUCGAGAUGAGCUAUCUCAGCUCAAGCUUUCCUACAAAGAGCUUGACGACCAGCUUAACGGUCAUCUCGACAUGCUUGAGACUACUGAGAACAAGGUCAAGGAGCUAGAGCGGGAGAUCGAAGCACAGACAGAAGAUCUCCAAGCACUAGCAAGUGAGCGCGACGAGGCACUCGAGCUGCUACAAGAUAAAGAGCAGGAAUGUGAGGAGCUAAGGCAGGAAGCGCUGGAUACAGUUCAAAGGCUAGAGAUUGAUCUUGAACAGAAGCAAGCGGAACGUGAUCGUCUUUACAAUGAUCUCGAAAACACCACUGAAGACUUCCACGCCCUACAGCAAGAAAUGAAGAAUGUCAGCGAGAGCCUUUUACAGCUCGAGGACGACCGGGACGCAAGCCUACGCAAGAUUCAGAACCUUGAAGCUGAGCUCGGAGACGCAAAUGAAGAGUUGAACAGGCAAGACAAGCUUCUUAGUGAGGAGAGGUCGAAGAAUGAGCGAUUGGACGUUCAACUUGAGUCUUGUCAGGGUGAGAUUGACUUCCUGAGAGAAGAGCAAGAAGGCGACAAGAUCAAGAUUGGCGAGUUAGAGUCAGCCCUGAACCACACUCAAGUCACGUUGCAGGAGGCGAGAGAACGUUCCCGAGAUCUCGAGGAGCGCAUGGCUGAGGAAAGGCAACAACGCGAUGUUUUGGAGACUCAAGAGAAGCAAGAGGUGGAGAAGAUCAUCACCGACCUGAACGGUCAAUUGACAAAGCUCAAGGAGGACAGCAGGAAGCUACGAAAGAACCUGUCAAGCAAAGAAGUUGAGGCAUCCACCUGGAAGCAGCGCCAUGACGAACUGGAGCACACUCUUCGUGAGUCCCUGGGAAACCUCAACGGUACGAGGUCAAGCCUCUUCAAGGACAUUGCAAAGCUUCAACGAGACCUCCAAGCGACUAUGCAAGAGCUCGAAGUUGUCAAAGCCGAUCUUGCAGAAAAGGACCGUUUGUUGCGUGCCCGCGACACCCUCCUGGAGAGCGCCGGUUUGGAAAGCCGCCGUCUUUCAGAGAUGCUCGAACGUGAACGCCAAGCCCGCCGACAAGACCAAACCACAUUCGAGAACGCCAAACGCGGUCACCAAUCCACUGCCAGGGCGAUUCAGCAACACGAAUCAAGAGUCCUGGAACUGGAGACUCUUCGUAGCCAGGAUCGCCAGAAACUUCACAGUCUAGAGAAACAAUACAAAGAGCAGCUGCUCGAGCGAAACAAUCUGCUAUACGCCCUGUGGAACCGACUAUCCACCCUUUGUGGUGCAGAGUGGUCCCGCAACAACGCUCUCAUCAACGGAGAACUUACUUCGAUGGAGCUCAUUUCUAGGAACGUUCAAGGCUUCAACAAGAACAUCAUUCUUGCGGUCAGGACUGUGGAGAGUGUCAUUGGUGCUUUCAAGCAAAGAAUUCGCAAUAUAGAGAACAACCUCGUCCGCGACUACCAGACUCUUGAGCAUAGCCUAGAUGCACGCUCCAAGCGACUUGACCAGCUUGAGAAGCUUGUCAUGGCUCAACGACAGUCGAUUGGAAGACCUAGCACUGUUCGUGGAGGUAUUGUUGAUCUUAACACCGCAGAAUUAAACAAACUGCGUACUGAAAACAAAACAUUACGAUCCGAGGUCCAAACCCUCCGCGCCAUCACGACCACGACGCAGUCUGGCAACGAUGUUAUUGUUAGCCGCUCGCCAUCACGUGCUGCGUCGCCAGUCUCUUCCAAGCGUGCCAGUAUGGCGCAAACGCUGUUGCGGGCUCACUCCGCUUCUGUAGUCGAGAAUUAUUCUACUUCAUCGACGCCUACGCCAGGCCACCCUUAUCCUGCCGCUGGGCCGCUUCAACCAAGUGAGCAGAAGUGGAUACAUCGACUCAAGGAACUUGAACGGCGGUUGAAGGCUGAGCGUGAAGCGCGACUCCUUGAUCGAAGCGGCGCCCGGAAGAGGCUAGAGCAAAAAGUGGAAGAAAAUGCAGACUUGAGGGCUGCGCUCGAAAAAGAGCGGGAUCGAAGGGAUGAAGAUGAUGCCGAAACUAUCCAAAGAAGUGCGUCUGCGGGCGGCAGUCGCAUCGGCGGCAGUGGACGUGCCAGUGUGGUUGGCAGUGUGAGACACACUAAUGGCAGUGGCAAGGAGAGGGGAGAGGAUAUGUAUUAG